AUGGCCGAGAAAGAUGCCACUGCCAGGCUCCGACGAGCAGUCAAAGAGAAUAACCUCUUCCUGGUCAGGAGGCUCAUCAAGCGGACAGAAAUGCGCAAUGCAGAUCCUGUACACAAGCGAUACACGUCUUUGACGUGGGCAGCGGUCCUUGGUCAUGAGGAAACUUUUGAAUUUCUCCUGAGCAGCGGGCAUGACGAUCCCGAAAUCAGUAAGGAUACCGACAGCAACACAAUUUUGAUCCUCCUCGCCGACGCAAGACCCCCCGUAACAAACCCUUUUGGCUCCGGUCCCAGCGAGCAUGACUUCCUCAGUGCUACUUUACGCAUGGCGCGUCUAUAUUAUGACCGCUAUCCAGAUAUACUUGACUGGGCAAACGUGGAAGGCAAGACAGCGUUGCAUGUGGCCGCCCUGAAGGGGAACGAGGAGCUAGUGCGGAUGUUGUGUGAUCUCGGGGCAGAUUUCGACUUGGCCGACAACGAAGGUAACACUCCUUUGCACUACGCUAGCGCUUGGGGUCAUAUUCCAAUUGUUCAGUUAUUGAUUGAACGAGGGUGCCAGUUUUCGGCACGAAACAACGAAGGAUUCAACCCCUCUGAUUAUGCUUACUCGACAAGUACCAAGGAGACGCUCCAGGACACUGCUCGAACGCAGUUCGAGAACAACAAGAAGGCGCGGCGAAAUGUUUUCGCUCAGGCCGCUGCAAGGGGGACCGAGUGGGGAUCUGCGUCGGAUCCGCCUGUUCCUCCGCCACCGUAUGGCUUCGGGAAAGGUGUUCCUCGCAUGCGAAGUGGCUCAGGGACGAGUCGUACGACAGAUACCUCGGACAGCGGAGAUUUGUUGGAUAGCACGGCUAUGCAAUCAUCACGCGGUCACCUCUCAUUUGCAUCUUCGCUUUCACCAUCUCGAUAUCCGGCUCAGCUUCCAUCAACUUCCUAUUCUCCGGGUCAACCGUCGGCCAGCUCAUCUGGCAGUACGCCCUUUUCUGCCGCAUCACCAUCCCCACAACCUCACCUACAACUGGCAGCCGCCAAUGACCCAGCGUCGGCGCUGUCGCCCAUUGCUACACGGAUGCGUGAGCGAGAUGCGGAUGCCAUGGAAAAGUACAAACUGCGACAACGCAGUGGCAGCGCGACCACGACAUCUACAGACACACAAUCACAGAAUGGGUCACCUGCGGGGGUGCCCUCAGGAAGUGACAAGCAGAUUAACUCGCUGGUCACCGUUGGCUCAGUUGCGCCUCGGCGGCGAUUACGGCCGUCAGCGUCUGCAGCCCAGCUCCGAAGUAGCCCACUCCCUCCAGUUCCCUUGCAGAAUAUUUCACCCUCACAACAAGAUAUGCUCCGAAAUCGCUCUGGAACUAGCCCCGCCACAAUGAAGCAUAUUACGCCUCCUAUGUCUCCCUCGCCCAUUUCAGAAUCCAUAACAUCAUCUACUCCUACUCAAAGCACGGCGCGACCGAGACUGCGUCGGCGCGAUGAGUUUCUAUCGAAUGACUCAACAAAGGAUUUGGUCUCGCCUUCCAUACCGGAAAUGGCUGAACGUACCCGCACUCCCACUGCGAUUACACCCCCCACGCCCCCCGCCACUACUCCGUCCUACUCUCGUCGGCUUCCAUUCAACUUACUCUCGUCGCAUAAACAAAGUUUGGACUCGCAUGUGUCUGCCGGCAGUCACAGGAGAAAUGCUUCCGUAAAUGCGGUUGUCCGAUGA